AUGUCUGAAAAAAAGUGUUGUGUACCAUAUUGUAAAGUAACACGUCAGGAUGAUGUGACUUUGCAUUCUUUUCCGAAUCCUGAGAAAGAUUCGGAGAGAUUUCGAUGUUGGCUGUAUAAUAUUGGAGGAGAUUUAUUAGCUUUAGAAAACCAAUAUAUAUACAAGCGGCGAAAAGUAUGUCAUAAUCAUUUUGAACAAAAAUAUCACACAUGGACCAAAACAUUGACUCACAAUGCAGUGCCCACAUUAUUAUUGCCUGGAUUAUUUUGCACUAAGAAAGCAUUAUCAGACAUAACUAAUACAAUGAGUAUGUACAAGGAAAUAUCAAUACCUGGAACUUCUACAUCAACAAAUCAAUUAGUAUUUGACAGUGCAACUACUUCAAAAACAAAAUUAACUUUAAAGAAGAAGCCUGGUGUCAUUAAAAAGCUGUCUACUAAUUUGGGAGCUAUUAUAAUGAAAGCUGAAGUAUCGGAAUCGGACGACCCUGCCGGUGACGGAGAACCGGUGGGCUACCCAGAACUCAGUGAG